AUGGCGGAAGAAAGUUACAACACAGUUGAAAUAUUUGUUGAAGAGGUGGAGAACGAAAAAAUGCUCAAUAGAUACUGGAGACAAGGCGCAGAAAAGAACAGCACAAAAGCCAAGAAAGCAGCCAUGUUAAGGCAAAACAUUUGUGUUGAAGAUUAUGAUGAAUUAGAAGACGUCUUGAGUGUUCCGUUUGAACUUAGCAAUACUUCCUACCAAGCAAUGUCUUUCUCUCGGCCAAACAGAAGGAGGAAGCUCAAUGUUGUGAUGUCUUCUGAUUCAGAUGAUGAACCGGUGAAGGAAACAGUCCCACUAGCAGCUGAUCCUUCAGUUCCUUCCAGAGAAGAGUUAUUGGAAACAAGUUGUUAUCAGUACGAGACAUCAAAACUCUCUUGCGUCAAUGAGGUGUCCCAGUCAGUUGAUGUCUCAUGUGUACCAGAAUCUUCAUAUGUUCCAGAAACUUUGAUGGAUAGUGAAGCUGAGCUGUCUCCAAGAGCAGUAUCUUGUGGUCAUUUUGAUGGAAGAGUCGAAGUGACCAUGAGUGAGGACGUUGCCCAAUUAAAAGAGAUAUACAUAGACAGGUUUUUCAGAGUUUCGAUUGCUUCAAGAACACGUGAGACCAAUGCAGAAUCUUCUGAUGGGACAAUGAUGAUGGAAGAUUGUUUUAAGGAAUAUGUAGGGAGUUCCCAGAAGAUGCGACAAGUAAUAGAUGAAUGCAGCCGUAUAGAUUUUGGUACGAUAUUCAAGACCGCUAAAAAAACGAAGCAUGAUACGGUGCAAGAAUCAUGGAAAAAACUUUGUUCGAGUCAUACUGAUAUGAAACCAUACUUGGAUUCAGAACCUGUAGAAGCUCCACAAGUUCUUGAUCUCACUCAUCAGAUAACCAAUCUAAUUUCAGAAGCUGACCUGACGUGUUCUAGAUACCUGAAUCUUGUUGCUAUGGAGCCAACGAUGAACGUUUCUGGAGACCUUGACACGUCUGGUUAUGUGCUUGAACAGAUGACUUCCAUUGUGGCAGAGCAAGGAUUUAGCUUUUUCACAAACCAAAUUGCUACAACAGUAUCCUUCCCCACUUUGUCAGCCACCAUGGUACUAGUUGUAGACGAGACAAAGAAGGAUCAUACAUGGAGCGGUGGAAGCUGUUUGGAUAUGAAACCAGAAACACAUCUAGACGUAUUAAAAUGUGAGCGAAUGGUACUGCUUUCCAGCGUAUUAGAGUCGGUAGUCCCUCUGAGAUCAUUGAGAGGAAGAGCCUUCCAUGAAUAUGCUUCAUUCAUAGGGCAGAUUUCAAGAGCUAAUCCCUCUAAUUUAUCUGGAGUCAUGGAGAAUAGCAGGCGGCAACGUUUGCAAGCGCUUAACCAGCUGACGAAAUGA